GUAGUUACCAUAGUUGCGGGAGUUUGCUUGCCAAGAUGGCUGCCGCAGGGCGGUGACGCCCGGGUUCUCCCUGCUAGGCCCUUUGCUACUUCAAGGGCUCGCGCGGUUGGUGGCAUGGGAUUUCUGCCGCCGAUUCUUCUCUUGCUGGGGCUCCUUCUACUGAGCUUUACGGGGCCGCUGCGGGGGGACCUGGUUUUCAUCCCUCCCUUUAUCCGAAUGUCCGGGCCUGAAGUCAGUGCAUUCCUGGUCGGAGACACAGAGAAUGUGACCGUGUCCCUGGCCCCGCUGCAGAUCGAGGCAGGCAUACUUCCGGUUCCCACUUGUGGACUGCUGAGCAAUGAGACAGGAGCUUGGAGUGUGACUUUGACCCCCAGUGUGGACGCUUUGGAGGUGAUGGUGCGGCUGAACAGGUAUCCCAGGCGGUGUGUCCCUAACACGACAGAGCCCUUCGCCGACACCCCGUGUCUCGUCCAAACUCUGCUGGUUUCAGCCUCUCACAGCCUGGCCUGCUUGGCGCACCUCCUCAUUCAGGUGGAAAUUUACGCCAGCUCUUCUGUGGCCCAGGAGGCGUCAGAGAAUGCGACAGUCAUCCCUAACCAGGUGUAUCAGCCCCUCGGGCCUUGUCCUUGCAACCUGACAGCCAGGGCCUGCGAUGUCCGCUGCUGCUGUGACCAGGACUGCUCCAGAGGUGCCAGGCAGCUGUUCGGAGGCGCCUGUCUCCCGGGUGUGUUCGGGGGUGAGGUCAGCCCUCCCUUUGACCAGCUGUGCGCGGCGGGGACAGCGGGCCCGGUCCCCGAGUGGUCCCCGCUCCUGUGUGUGCAGUCCUCGCCUGUCAACUCGCCCUUCCUCGGUCACUUCUAUCACGGCGCUGUUUCCCCGAGACACCAGCCUGGCUUUGAAGUCUUUCUGCACGCUGUCCCCAAACUCUCUGCAGACUCUGGUUACAAACAGGGAGACCCGAUCAGGACCACGGAGAGGGAGGGGUAUUUCACUGUGCCGCAGGUGUCGCUAGCCGGGCAGUGUCUGCACGACGCCCCCGUGGCCUUCCUGCGGGACUUUGACUCGGAGUGUGCCACCAACCUGCAGGCGCACCGAGAGCGGGGCAAGGGCAUCGCGGAGGUGGAGGGUGGCACUGCAGGAGCCACAGUUUUGCCCACGGUGACCUACGAGGAAGCAGCUGACCCGGACAGGUUCCUCAGUGCCACAGAAACACUGCCAAGCAGCCCCUCGGUGCCCAGAAACAUGACCGUGACCGUGGAAGAACAUUAUGUUUUCAGGUGGGACAACAACACGGUCACUGAAAUCAGCGUCAGAAUCGUGAGGGCGGAAAUCAGUGCCCACCAGACAGGUAGCGGAACACUCACACAGAGAUUCACAGUGAAGUUCCUAAACCGUAACAGUGGUGACGAGCAGCAGUUGUCCGGAAACCCAGGUUACCAGCUCCACAGGCUGGUCCGAGCCCUGAACACCGACGCUGCGAGCAACACCACGACUCUCCGUGUUUGGCAGUCAGCUGGAAGGAGUUUGUGCACCUCAGCAACUUUCAGACCUGUUUUAUUUGGCGAGAACGUGCAGUCUGGGUGUCUUUUGGAAGUUGGGAUCGGCGAAAACUGCACUCAGCUCAGGGAGAGCGUGGCUGAAAAACUGGGUUCACUGAUAGGAGCCACGCAUGUCUCAGCGAGAGGCAACUCUGAUCCCCGAGACCUGAGCGACGGCUGGCUGAAAGUCCUGCGCGUAGCUGCCCCCAACAGCAGUGUGGACCCGACUGCCAGUGGCGCCCUUGGCGUCUGCCCGGCUGUUCCUUCCCAGCUGCACAUCCGUAUCCUCUUCGCGGACGCCGGCGCAGUGGAGGGCAUCAUGCAGCAGGAGAUCCUUGGCGUGGAGACCAGAGUUUUGCAAUGUGGCUGUGCUCCGCUGUCUCCAGUAGGGGACGUCAGCGGUCCUCAGGGCUGGGGCGCUCUCCCCGACCCUAGGUUCUCUGCCGUGGACUGGCAGUACCAGUGCGGGCUGGCGUGCCAAGAUACAAGUGACUUCUUCCUGCUCAGUGCCUCCGUCCGGUUUAUCAAGAUCCCUGCCCAGCUGCCCCGGGCCCUGACCAGAUUCCAGAUCAAUUUCACAGAGUAUGACUGCAACAGAAACGAUGUGUGUUGGCCGCAACUUCUCUAUCCAUUGACCUGGUAUUAUCAAGGGGAACCUUAUUCGCAGUGUGUGGCCAAGGGCCUGCUGAUGGUCACCCUCCUCUCGCUGGCCGUGUUCCUGAGUAGCCCCUGGGCGCGUUUGUGCAGAGCCUGGCGUUGAGCUGCCUUCCCCCACUAAGCCUCUCCGAGACCUUCUGCUCCUGCUCCUGCUCCUGCUCCAGCGGUCUGUUGCCGGCCUGUGCACCUCUGUCAUUCUUUAAUAAAUGAAAUGCCUUAUUUUUAUAGGAAA